AGAGCGCACCCCGGAAGCGGCGGCGGUAGAACCCGGAAGCGGCGACGGGGCAGGAUGGACGACACGCUCUUCCAGCUGAAGUUCACAGCAAAGCAGCUGGAGAAACUUGCCAAAAAAGCUGAAAAAGACUCCAAGGCCGAGCAAGCCAAAGUCAAAAAGGCGCUUCAGCAGAAGAACGUGGAGUGUGCUCGUGUCUAUGCAGAGAAUGCCAUCCGUAAGAAGAACGAGGGGCUUAACUGGCUCCGCAUGUCUUCCCGCGUGGAUGCGGUGGCCUCCAAGGUCCAGACAGCAGUGACAAUGAAGGGGGUGACGAAAAACAUGGCCCAGGUGACCAAGGCCUUGGACAAGGCUCUGAGCUCCAUGGACCUGCAGAAGGUGUCUGCGGUGAUGGAUAAAUUUGAGCAGCAGGUUCAGAAUUUGGAUGUUCAUACGUCGGUCAUGGAGGACUCCAUGAGCUCCGCUACCACGCUGACCACACCGCAGGAGCAGGUGGACAGCCUCAUCGUCCAGAUCGCAGAGGAGAACGGCCUGGAGAUCAUGGACCAGCUCAACCAGCUCCCCGAGGGGGCUUCAGCCGUCGGGGAGAGCUCGGUCCGCAGCCAGGAAGACCAGCUGUCACGGAGGUUGGCUGCCUUGCGGAAUUAAAGGUCUCCUGUGGCCCCUGCGGACUGCUGCCCUGCACCGGUGGUACGGCGUGUGGGGUGGAGGGGCCCGGGACUCCUUCCCCACCUCUGCUACGUGUCCUUGCUGUGACCCACCGGCCAGGCGGAGUCGGUCGUCCCCUCCUCCAGCAGCACGUCCCCAGCCCUGCCUGCCUGCCUUUAGACUCUUCUUUUGGGGUUUGACAGUGACUUUUCCCAGAGCAGGCGGUGGUCCUGGCAGGGGGUUUCUGAGCAGCGACGGCCUCUCUCUGGGCUCGAGGAACGCUUUGCUGGGUCUGAUUUCAGGGUGUUUUUCAUUUGAGGGUUGCUGCUGGUUUCUGGCAGUGUCCCACGAUGCAACAUCCCGCUCCUAAUUUAACACUAAAGGAAUCCUGGAGGUGGGUGGCUGUAUCUUCUGGGGUGCUGCUCGCCUGACUCUCCUCCAUGCGUAGCACACUCUAGUGGCCUGUUUCAGACGGGGUGUCCGAGCUGCAGGCUGUGUUUUUCCCCAGGGCCCGCAGCAAGGAGCUGUUUACAAGGAGCAGGGAGAUUCCCCACAGGGCUGCCUUCCUCUUGCAGCAGUUUGGGAAGGGUUAUUUUCCCAGCUGUGGUGUUUCUGGGAAGGUUAGUGCCUUGCAGGAAAGGGAGGUGACGCCGUGGCAUCUCUUCCCUCGCAGUGACCUUCCUGAGCCAUAGCUGGGUUCCCUAUUUGUAGACUUCACCUUGCCCAAUCGCUAGCUCCUUGUCCUGCCGGGCCAAACCUCCCUGGAGCUCUGUAACACAAAGUGACCUUUGAAAUGCUCGUCCUGCCCGUGUGUGCGUGCAUGUAAAUCCACGCAUUCCACAUCUCCAGCUGCUGCGGUCUGGAAAUGGUUAUCCAGGCCCUGACCUCCCAUGUGGAACCAGUCACAGCCUGAUGUCCAGCAGCUGGGAGUGGAUCGCAGCAGCUUCCACCCCCAGGCUUGCAGCUGCGGUGGCCACAGCCUCGUCCCUAAAUGUCCCCCAGCCGGAUGGGUGUGACAGUAAAUGCUAAACCAUCCUGAGAGCAUGUCUGCCUGCGCUGGCUGUGGCUCGUCCCCUGGAUAUCUGCUGCCAUUUCCUCUACAAUCUUCCCAUCUUGCUGCAUCUGCUCUGUGCUGGAGCGUGGUACUGAGCUGGAUGAGCGGGGGCUGCUUCUAGGGCACUGCCACGUCCCUUCUCCCCACUGCUUGUGGGGCAGCGUGGUUGCUUAUCCCUGGGAGCCUUCCCCUGGGGCUGAAGUUUUCCAUCCCCCUUCUCCAUGGCUCCCAGGCACUGCUGAGCUGCUGGAUCGGUGGGAAGCUCACUGGGAAGGAAAUGGAGUUUCCUUUGGCUUUCAGGAGGAGGAGCUUUAACCUUCUCACUGCAGGCUGUCUGGUCCCACUGCAGUGGGGCAGCUCUGGUUCAUCACUUUUAAAGAGAGUUUUAAUGCAUGCACAGCUGCUGCUCUGGGCUGUGCCGAGAGGAAGGAAGGGCAGCGUGGGGCAGAGGGGGAGGCAGCUUCUUCCCCCCCCACCCCCCCCCAGCCCAGAGCUGGCUGCUCUCCCAGGCUGCCUGUGUGGACAUAGGGCAGGACUCGCUGUGGGCCAGGGGCCAUCUCCCCAGCACUUGCAACACAAACACUUUUCACUGUCUUGAUUAUUUUUUCUGAGUUCAGUGGCCUUGGCAGUGUGUGUCUAGUGACCGUCAGAGCCUUCUCCCCCGAUGUCUGCUGUGGUGGGGACAUGGGGUGGUGACCCAGGAGGAUGAGGUGGCUUUGGGCUACAGAGUCACUUGCACGUGGUGGAACAUUGAAUCUUGUGCCCCCCUCCUGUGGGGCCGGGCAGCCUGGCCCUGCAUGGGUGCCACCUGUGGGGCUGGGGGCCGGGAGGCGCCCUGCAGCCCAGGGGAGCCCCUGCCCCUGGAAAUGUUCCUUCUUUCAGUGUGACGUUCCUCUGUGGUUUCAUUUGUGUGGGUUUUUUUUAAAGCUUGUCUCAUUUGCCUUUUUCUUCUUCUCCAACCUCAUGUUGAUUACCUUCUGCUGUUUUAAAUAAACAAUCCCUGAACAUC